AUGGACGAGUUGCAGCCUUACAGGACUGGUUUCCAUUUCCAGCCUCCCAAAAACUGGAUCAACGAUCCUAAUGGUCCAAUGUACUUCAAUGGAGUUUAUCAUCUAUUCUACCAAUACAACCCAUAUGGUCCACUCUGGGGUAAUAUAUCAUGGGGUCAUUCCAUUUCAUAUGAUCUUCUGAACUGGUUUCUUCUUGAACCCGCUCUAAGUCCAAAAGAACCAUAUGACAUCAAUGGCUGUUUGUCGGGUUCAACCACUAUCCUACCUGGGCCUCAGCCCAUAAUUCUAUACACCGGACAAGACCUAAACAACAGUCAGGUUCAGAACCUGGCCAUCCCCAAAAACCUCUCCGACCCUCUUUUAAAAGACUGGAUAAAAUGGUCGGGUAACCCUUUGCUAACCCCAAUUGAUGACAUUAAACCGGGACAAUUUCGAGAUCCAUCAACGGCUUGGAUCGGCCCUGAUGGAAAAUGGAGGAUUGUGAUCGGAAGUGAGAUCAAUGGGCAUGGAACCGCACUAUUGUACCAUAGUAGAAAUGGUACAAGCUGGACUCGAUCCAAAAAUCCUUUAUAUUUUUCUAGUAAAACGGGUAUGUGGGAAUGUCCCGACUUUUAUCCCGUUAGUAGUGGUGACAAAAAGGGUCUUGACACAUCUUUUGAAGGGAAUAACACAAUUCAUGUUCUCAAAGCAAGCUUCAAUAACCGAGAGUAUUAUGUAAUCGGGAAUUAUGAUCCAAUAAAAGAUCAAUUUUUUGUCAUUGGUAAUGACUUCAUGGUUAGUAACACGCAGUUUCAGUAUGAUUAUGGAAGGUUUUAUGCUUCAAAAUCAUUUUAUGAUAGUGCGAAUCAGAGAAGGGUGUUAUGGGGAUGGGUUAAUGAAGGUGAUAGUCAAUCAGAUGAUGUCAAGAAAGGGUGGUCUGGCCUUCAGUCAUUUCCUAGGAGCAUUUGGAUUAGCAGUAAUCGGAAACAGUUGGUACAGUGGCCGGUGGAUGAAAUACAUAAACUACGUACAAAACGAUUUAAUAUCACAAACAGAGAACUUCCGGGCAGUGUGCUACUCAAAAUACCAAGCAUCACUGCAUCACAGGCUGAUGUUGAAGUGUCUUUUAGUUUGACGAAUUUGAGCGAAAUUGAACUGAUAGAUUCAGAAGCUAUCGAUCCCCAAAUUCUUUGUUCACAAAAGAAUGCGUCUAUCAGUGGGAGUGAUCAAAGCAGGUCUUCAAUUGCACAGGAUGUAGACAAAAGCAUCUAUGGAGCUUUCCUUGAUUUGGACCCCCUCCAUGAGAAGAUCCGACUAAGAAGUUUGAUAGACCAUUCGAUUGUUGAGAGUUUUGGUGGAAAAGGACUUUCUUGUAUCACCGCUAGAGUUUAUCCGAAGCUAGCGAUUAACGAACAAGCUGAGCUCUAUGUAUUUAACAAUGGCACGCAAAGUGUGACUAUCUCUACUUUAAAUGCCUGGAGCAUGAAAGAGGCUCAGAUAGUUCCUAUAUGAUAAUAAACAUGUUAUGUUCAAGUAUUUAUAACACAUUUUGACACUUGUAAUACGUUCUUCAAUAAAAUCCAAUCU